GCUUUCCUACCGUUGCUGCUGCUUCUAGAGCUCACCGGCAAUGAUACAGCAAACACGGACGGACGCUGAAAACUGCGCUGACAUGGACUCACCCAGCAAUUUCUACCAUUACAAAGACGGAUAUUGCCCAGACUCUAUGUUCUGCUAACUGGAAACGGCUUGUGUAACCGACUCGGGAUUAUUUUUCUUUCCAUUUUGACGAGACUAGUCGGCUCCCGGAGGAAGGGAAUAGAUGCGAAGGUUUUCCUGCGACACACGGCAGGCUAACAGACUCUUCUCAAAGGACAACUAAAAAUAUGAAAUAUUAUUAUUUUGAAUUUGCUUAAUUGCCUCAUGUAUAUUAGUUAAAUGUUUGAAUAUAGGAGCUAAAUGGAGAUACAAAGUUCAGGAGGCGCUAAUGGCUGCUAGCUAGCUACCAGUCGUCGCUUUUUUAUUUUAGUUGCAGCAUUUAAAGACUGGUUUUAAUUUAAAAUGAUGGAUCGAUGCGUGUUUUGGCAGGAGGAAGUGCAUAUUCACCGUAGAGCCUAUUUUUGAACGUCUUCCUAAAAUUGUAUUUUAUUAUAAAGGACGUAAAUCAUAUGACUUGUCACAUAAGGCUGUUUAGUAUCGCCUGACAACCCCUCUACUUCACUGGCCUCACUGCAAACAUGCACCAUCAGGACUACACCGGGGACCCCCCGGGGACUGCCACCCGCAAAGCCGCUUUCCAUUACCGGAGAGGCAGCAGCAGCGCGUCCGGAUCUCCCUCCUCUUCUGUCGGAGGUAACCUCUCUGAGGAGAGCCCGAGCCCGGCGCAGGCUGGAUCCUCUUCCCCGGCUCUUCAAGCGCUGGGAGCUCAGGUGAAGAAGAAGAGCGGCUUCCAGAUAACCAGCGUCACCUCGGCCCAGAUCAACGUCAGCGGGAACAACAGUCUGGCUGAUGACACGGAGAGCUAUGAUGACAUGGACGAGUCCCACACAGAGGACCUGUCCUCCUCUGAGAUGCUGGAUGUGUCCGCAUCCAGGCCUGCAGACACGGGAGUCCCGGAGAGGAGCUCCUCAGAUGAGACCUUGAACAGUCUCCAUGGGGUGGACACUCCCGGACUGGUGUCCCCUAAUGAACCUCUGCAGCUGCAUCACGUGACUCAGGGGUCCUCCUUGGUGAAUGGGUCUGUGCAUCAUCAAUACUACCCACAGCAGGCCCACCAUCACCAGUCUGACCUAGCGCUACCAACUCUUCCCGUUGCGCCAGUAGCCAGCUCCAGUCCAGCUAUGGUCCAGAGGCCGCUGGUGUAUGAAAACCCCAAACCUGCUGGAGCUUCAGCUCCUGCUACUAAUAUCCAAAACGUUGUGAAACCUUGUAAUGUUUCUGCCGCUGGUUCUGACAACACCGCUGCAAGCGGGCAGGUGGCCCAGCCCAGCCACAGCCAGGCGGCCCCUGGCUCCCGUUUUAGGGUCGUGAAACUAGACACGAACUCGGAGCCCUUUCGCAAAGGAAGAUGGACGUGCACAGAGUAUUACGAAAAGGAGGUCGCUCACCCAGCUCCGCCUGAGGCAGCCAGAACCAUAGACGUGGCUGUAGAGGCUGAGGGGGGAAAUGCCGGGCCGAGUCCAGCUGUUCCCGCCAUGCUGCAGCCGUACCACCCUUCCACCCAGGACUUCACCAGUUCACAGGUGGUGACGCAGCCUACUGCCCAGAGCUAUAUUUCCCCCAAAGAGGUUGCCGGGACGACGUACAUGCAGAAACCUGCAGCUGUGUCUCAGCCUCCUCCUGCAAUACCCCAGCCAUUUCCCUAUGCUGUGGAUCCACAACCGCAGGGAGGUUACCCCACAUCCCAGCUCCACACAGGAGUGAUCGCACCCUCAGGAGGGGUCAGACAACCUGACUUCAUCCAGCCAACCGCUCCCUUUCAGACACAAGUUCAGCCGCCGCUUCCACAUGUGAAUCCUGGGAUCUCUGCUCCAGUUCCAGGAAUCCCACUGCAGCAUCCCAUCAGUAUCACUCCAAUUCCGGGUCAGGCUGCCGUGCCGACCCCCGCGGCUUUUACUUCUCUUCAGCCUCAACCCCACCCUCUGCCAAAAACACAACUCCAGCACCCGGUGGCCCUCCAAGGCACCCCGUACAAGCCGCUGACCGCCCUGCAAGCCGACCUGCAGCCGCUGCUCACCCUCGGGGCAAACCUUGCUCAUGUUCCUGGAGGAGGAAGCAUGGCCAAAAACACAGAGCUGGAGAACGCCCAGAAGCUCUUGAUUCAGCACCAGGGUCUGCUGGGUCUGCCCAGGCUGGGGGCAGCCGAGGGAGCCGCCGAGGGCCACAUGGGCAUGUCGGUGGAAGCUAGAGCUUUCAUGGCUGCUGCUGGCUUCAGGAGCCAGCAUGCAGAGGGAGAGGAUGACAGCUCUUCAGGGGCAAGUGUGGUGGCCAUCGACAACAAGAUCGAGCAGGCUAUGGACUUGGUGAAGAGCCACUUGAUGUACGCUGUCCGCGAGGAGGUGGAGGUGCUGAAGGAGCAGAUCAAAGAGCUGAUGGAGCGCAACACGCAGCUGGAGCAGGAGAACAACCUGCUGAAGACGCUGGCCAGCCCCGAGCAGAUGGCUCAGUUCCAGGCCCAGGUCCAGACAGGCGGAUCCCCAACCGGUGCUGCCCAGGCUCUGCCCCCAUCCGGACCCACGCAGGUCCUCUCCUCCGCACAGAACUCCGGCACAUCAGGAUAACACAGAAGACCCACACUGGAGAAAAAAAAAACAAACACCCCCACCUCUCCCAGGAUGAAGGACAGGGGUGAUGGAAGACAGAAGCUGAGGAGGAGGAGGAGGAGGAAAGCUGACUUACUGUGAACGGACAUUAGCAUUAAAAGACUGACCCUCAGGUCAUUUGGAGGCUUCACCUGAAAACUCUUUUGUUGCACAUUUAAUUUAACUGAAAAGCUCUAGAGUUGCACCAGAGUGAGUGAGUGUGUCUGUGUGUGUGUCCCCUCUUCAUCUUUACUGCCUGCUUCAGACAAUCGUCUUUGUUGUCCCAGUGAUAAACGAGGGGAGAACACAGCGUGCCAUUGUGGAUGUGAACAUCAGCCACCCAACCUGAACCAUCCAUGCUUCACUCAGACAACCUGGAGGACUGCUAAUGGAGGAACAUGGAAUCAGGAUGCUUUUAUUUUAACAUGGACAGAUUAUAAAGAUGUGCUUUUUCUUUGUGUUUUUUGCUCUUGUUGAUGUAAUUAUUGUUAAAACAAAUAACCGAAAAGGUGAAUAAAUAGGACAAGACUGUUCGUA